AGGAAACAUCUUCAGGCAUUGCCCUGUCCUACUAGGAUCUUCACUACAACAAUAACUAUGAACCCAAAGGUCGUAUUCCUGGUUGCUGUUGGAGCUAUCUGUGCUCAAGGAGCAACUAUCAACACUCUCAAGAGACAGAAGAGAACUCUAGGAGUUCUUUCAACUGCUGCAGAUGCUGUGGCACCGGUCCUGUCUGGUUUCGGUACAGCUGCAGGGAUUGGGACAGCGCUGGUUGGAGCUAAGGCCGUCGCUUUAGGACUCGGGGGAAAAUAUCUACUGUACAAGUAUCUGACCCGUGAUGAUGGAGUACAUGUUGGAGUAUCUGGUGGAGUAGGUGCCAACCUUCCCUUCGGUCUACCUGAAGUAAAUGCUGGAGCAUCUGCAGGUUUUGGAUUCGGUGGAUCUGAUGACGGAGUUUAUGUUGUUGAUCCCCCCUACUCUGUUGUUAGCUCUGAUGUAUAUUCCUCUCCUAUUACAUACAGCUCCCCUGUAUCUUACGAUGCCGCUCCUCAGGUCACUUACAGCUCCCCUGCCCAGGUUGUGUCAUACAAUACCGCCCCUCAGGUGUCCUAUAGCGCCCCUGCCCAGGUUGUGUCAUAUGAUACCGCCCCUCAGGUGUCCUACAGUGCCCCUGUCUCCUUUGAUAAUGUUGACUCCUAUGGCGCUCCCCAAGCCCCACUUCUUGGUUAAAACCCCAUUGACCCAUUGUGAUCCAUGUGGAUACUUAAUUUAAUGUAAUUUCUAUGAAAUAUUUGUUAUGUUUUUUAUUUAAUUCAGCUAAAAAUAUGAAUAAAUGAUGUUUAACUUUGA